AUGAUCUCGCAGACCAAUGCACAGCCCGGCACAAGUGCCACUGGCCAACCAGAACCCGAAAGCACCCCCCCUUGCCCCAAGCAACGGGCUGAAUCCAGCGCAAACGGUUUGCCUCUACCGGAUUCUGUACCGCCCGUGGUUUCAGAGACCAACGCGCAGUCGGGCGCGUCCACCAAUGGUCAACCUGAAUCACACAGCAAGCCCACUUCAUCGAAGCGACGGGCUGAGUCCAGCUUCCCUGAAGAUGCUUCAAAUGGUUUGCCUCAGCCAAAUCCCUUGUCAAGGCCCCGAGUUGAAUCUAGCCUUCCUCAGGAGGAUGAGUUAGCCGAUUUGCCUCAGUCACAUAUAUCCUCAGAAACCCCUCAGCUGGACCCUGCUUAUCCUUCGAAACGCCCACGCAGCUAUCCGACACCAAUGUUGGACCCUAUCCGCCGGCGACCCGCAUGGAUUGUUGAGCGGCAUUUGGCCACGCUCGCGGAUAAUGGUAAAAACAGCAAUCGAGCGUGCCUCGGCGUCGACUUGAUAAACUUUUCCGAUUCUGCGGAGGUGCCUCAACCGCUUGCGUUGUUGCAAUACAACAAUUCAAGCAUUCACCCCAACUCCCCUAGUACGAAAGAUCACAAUGGGGGUGUUGACCCACGCCCCAAUUCCACUCAGGUACCUGCUCAGGGUCAUAGUACACAAUCCUAUGACUUCGGCUCUCCAGCUGCACGAUCCCCCUUUCAAGAAACUGCUUUGGAACCGGCUGAUCUGGCGAGUUCUACAUCGAAGAUCCAACCUGCUCAUGGAGAACAAUGGGGAAGCAGUUCAGAGGAUCCUUUGAUUCCAGUGAAUGGCCUAUCCGACGAACAGACAAGUGUGCCGCAGUUGCUCCCAUUGGUACUUAACUACCAUCCCAUCGAGUGCCCAACCCCGGUCACCACCUCUCUCAAUCCUAUUCCCUUCGAACAGGAAUUACCAUCAGUCGAGUACAACCAGGAAGAAAUACAAGCUCCGGAUCUGCUGAUUGACUUAGACAGCUUCCCUUCAGUAGAAGUAACGGAAGACCAAUCGUCCUCGAGGGUUCCUACUGCUAUUCACGGGGACCUUGCAGGCUUGAUGCCGGAGGGCUUCAACAGUCCUCGACUACUAUUACACGGGUCAACAGAUCCUACAACCUUUGAAGCUGCUAUGGCCUCAAACCCACGGCCAGGCAGCUCGAAUACCAUUGCGAGCGAGCUUUUUCACCACCAACCGCACCAUAACGCCGCCAGCCAGAGCUUACCGGACCCACCGCCGCUGCCGCGGAGUGUCACACCUAGCGGUGAUGCUUCCCCGCAGCUGCCUGCCAGCUUAGAAACUGCGAACAAGUCCGCUCAACACCAACGGGACCAUAACACGGCCAACCGGAGCUUACAGGACCCACCCUUGCUGCUGCCGAGUGCCACUCCGAGGGGCGAUGCUUCCCAGCAGCUGCCUGCCGGCCCAGAGGCUGUCAACGAGCCCGCUCGACACCCACCGGACUACAACACGGCCGAUCAGAGCUUAGCGGACCCACCGCCGCUGCCGCCGAGUGCCACUCCGAGGGGCGAUGCUUCCCAGCAGCUGCCUGCCGGCCCAGAGGCUGUCAACGAGCCCGCUCGACACCCACCGGACUACAAGAGUGUCACACCUAGAGGUGAUGCUUCCCCGCAGCUGCCUGCCAGCUUAGAGACUGCGAACGAGUCCGCUCGACACCAACGGGACCAUAACACGGCCAACCGGAGCUUACAGGACCCACCCUCGCUGCCGCCGAGUGCCACUCCGAGGGGCGAUGCUUCCCAGAAGCUGCCUGCCGGCCCAGAGGCUGUCAACAAGCCCGCUCGACACCCACCGGACUACAACACGGCCGAUCAGAGCUUAGCGGACCCACCGCCGCUGCCGCCGAGUGCCACUCCCAGGGGUGAUGCUUCCCAGCAGCUGCCUGCCGGCCCAGAGGCUGUCAACGAGCCCGCUCGACACCAACCGGACCAUAACACGGCCGAUCAGAGCUUAGCGGACCCACCGCCACUGCCGCCGAAGGCUGUCAACGAGCCCGCUCGACACCAACCGGACCAUAACACGGCCGAUCAGAGCUUAGCGGACCCACCGCCGCUGCCGCCGAGUGCCACUCCAAGGAGCAAUGCUUUCCAGCAGCUGCCUGCCGGCCCAGAGGCUGUCAACGAGCCCGCUCGACACCAACCGGACUACAACACGGGCGAUCCGAGCUUACCGGACCCACCCCCGCUGCCGCCGAGCGUGGCUCCUAGCGGUGAUGCUUCCCAGCAGCUGCCUGCCAGCUUGGAAGCUGCGAACAAGCCCGCUGAUCACCACCAAGCGGACUGUAACAUCGCCGAUCAGAACUUACCGGACCCACUGCUGCAGGUAUUGCCUAGUUGCGACGUUGGAAUUCCUUCUUCACAUCUAGGCAAGCACCCCCCAACAGCGUCAACAGAAAGCCCGCGUGAAGAGGACUUGGAUCAGAGACGCAAGCGUUUAAAGGAGCGACAAUGGCACACAGAUCCGAAGAAACUUACUAUUGCGAAGAUCAAGGAGGUACUGACCGAAUUUGCAAUCAAACCGCACUCGAGUGACAAGAAGGAAAACUACGUAAAGCAUUACGAAACCUUGGCUAAACAGCAAGAGGAAGUGUGGGCUAAAUACCUGGAAGAAAAGGAAUUGUGGGCGAAACACUCGGGACCGUCAUGCGAGAGGCAUCAAGCAAACAAGGAGACGCAGAAGACUCCCCAGCUUGAUCAAGAAAUACCGGUAAACGUUCCCGUCACCCAAUCCAAAACAGCAAAAGGUAAACAGAGAGCGGAUGAUCCUGCCCAUGUAGGUGGCUCUCUGAGCGUUCGAAGUGUCAAAGUGCUAGAGCCCCCGAAUCUUUGCGACAAGGAUUCAGUAGAACCAGUUCCGGAGAUCCCCGAUCUGAUCAACCUAUCACCGGCGGUUAAUCCACCACGCCAGUUACCCUCCCACAAGCAGCCGGGACCAUCGACCGCCCAACAGUUCAAAACCCCGUUUCCUACGCAACGGCUAAUCCGAUGGGCCGCAACCGUGGAUGACGCAAUGCACCAAAUGGAUGUAGAUGAUCCCCCCAUUCACACCGACAAACCCGAUGAUCCUGCUGUACCGGGGAAUUUAUUGGAUAUUGCUAAGUCAUUACUACAAUCUAUGCAAACCAUAGCAACUGGUGUCUCAUCACUCCAAGCCACACCUGCCUCGGAUCCGACUCAUUCGGGCGCUGCCUCCCGUUUGCGCCCACCCUCCCGAGCUGUGCCAUCAGACCAAGAAGAAGAAAUUCACAAAACCCCCAGUGCAAGGCCCCGUGGCCGCAGGGCGACCCCAAGACCUGCACCCUCUGGACCCAUACCACGAGGUGGACCCAUCCCGGAUGCAAUACGGCAACACUGUGCCACCCUCCUUGGGCGCGGUCCGCGAGAUCUACUCCCACCUCCUGCAACUGCCGCGGAACGGAGAUCCUGGAUUUACACGCUAGAGCAGCAAUCCGACGGACACGCGUCUGACACCAAUAGCAACAGCAGCGUCGCUCGUGACAAUCUUGGUUUGCCGACAAGCACGGCCGCCAACACAUUCCUGUGGGACCUCGCCGUUUGGAUCUUCAUGACAUUAGUGGAUGCUGGCAAAUACAAGGACGUCACGCGGGAGACAUGUAGUGAAGAGAUGACACCUGAGCAGAGAGCAUUACGCGACAAGGCCCACCGACGAAAUACCCGUCGGUCAAGGCUUCGCGAGUGGCGCAUCUCCACACUUCUGUCCGAGCCGUCUCUCGCCCAACUCUUGCCAAUUGUGGAAAGCUGCUGCAGUGAAGACAAGACCGACGACGAGGCACCCGAGCCGCCGAAUGCGCGACAAAAAUCUUGUGUCACGCUCACGAUGCCAUGGCGCCAUUCACGAGUCACUCGUCUCAUGAUGGAGCUCGAUCGAAUAAGAAGCAAUCGCCGGGACAAGCACAGCAAUGCACCCCCAACGCGUACACGCAGGCAAUCAGCAAACCCAAAUCAAAGUACAGUCUCAGCCCCGCAUGGGUUACCAAUAGGAACGUACAACCAAGACUGGUUGCGCCAACUUUUGGGUUACGACGCUGAGAGCUUGAAGCCCACGACAGCGCCCGCCAUUGGUCACUUCAUCGAGGUCCUCAAGACUCUUUGA